GAGGUUUCUAUAUAUUCUAAGUGGUACAGAGGGGAUGGUUUGUUGGGUGUGGAUGCUUUGGCUCAUUUUCACGUGGUUGGUCUGCUAGCUAGAGAGGCUCAGUGUUACCUUCUUUUGCUGUUGGGGUCCAUACUAUUCGUAAAUAAGAGUAAGGACCGUGUUUCUUCUGUUGUCAACUUAUUUGUGAAGAGGCCGGAGAUGCAGAGAGAGUAUACGUGGGAGGCUGGAACACUUGCUUAUCUGUACAGGCAGCUUGGUUUUGCCUCGCGGGCGCAGGCUAAGGGAGUGGCCGGUUGUCUUACUUUACUACAGUGUUGGAUUUACGACCACUUUCCUACCUUGAGGCCUAGUCGAUUGGAGCCACGACAGUUGGAGCAGCGGGAGGCAGGCACACUCAAGUGGCGCGGUAUCUCACCUCAUUUGACAAAGAAGAAGAAUACACUACUGUUGUCUUAUUAUCGUCAGACGAUUGACAGUUUGACCCCACAGCAGGUUGUUUGGACUCCUUAUGGUCUGCCUCCUCAUUUGAGUGUGAGCAUACCUUGUAUCAGGGCCUAA